AUGGCGGUCGACUGUCCGAUUUGCAACAAAGCCGUCAGGCCGUCCGACAUCAAUAGCCACAUCGACUCGGGCUGCGUCGACUUCGUCGUCGUCGACAAGGAAGCGACGCCGCCGCAACAAUCGCAGCAGAACGGAGCGUCAUCGUCGCAGAAGCGUACCGCCUCCAGCUUCUUCUCCACGCCGGCCCCCAAGCGUACCCUCACGGGCGACAAGAUCCUGCUGCCGCUCGUCAACGGUGGUGCCGUGACGACGGGCAAGAAGAGGACCUUUGAAGAGGGGCCCGGUGCGGACGAGUCGGAGAAGCGAUACGGGCCGGCCGCCGAGGGCGAGGCCGAGGCGGAUGGCGAUGGCAAGGUGGUCAAGAGGACGAAAACGCUGCGGGCGGCACCGUUGGCCGAGAGGAUGAGACCAAAGACGCUCGAUGACGUCUGCGGCCAGGAGCUCGUCGGGGCCAACGGCGUCCUGCGGGCGCUCAUCGACUCGAACCAGGUGCCCUCCAUGAUCCUCUGGGGCGCUUCCGGCACGGGAAAGACGACCAUCGCGCGCUGCAUCGCCCAGGUGGCCGGCAGUCGCUUCGUCGAGCUCAACGCGACGAGCACGGGCGUGGCCGAGUGCAAGAAGCUCUUCCACGAGGCCGCCAACGACCUCGCCCUCACCGGCCGCAAGACCAUCAUCUUCUGCGACGAGAUACACCGCUUCAACAAGGCGCAGCAGGACGUCUUCCUGAAACCCGUCGAGGCCGGCUGCGUGACCCUCAUCGGCGCCACGACGGAGAACCCGUCCUUCAAGGUGGCCAACGCCCUGCUCUCGCGCUGCCGCACCUUUACCCUCCAGCCGCUGUCGACCGAGGACGUGGUCGAGAUCCUGCGACGCGCACGCCGCGCCGAGGAGACCCUCCACCCUCCCACGCCCCUCCUCGACGACGAGAUGAUGGCCUAUCUCGCCCGCUUCAGCGACGGCGACGCCCGGACGGCCCUCAACCUCCUCGAGCUCGCCCUCUCCCUGGCGGCGCGCGAGGGCAUCACCAAGGAAGACAUCAAGUCGUCUCUCACGAAAACGCUCGUCUACGACCGCGGCGGCGACCAGCACUACGACUCCAUCUCGGCCUUUCACAAGUCCGUCCGCGGCGGCGACGCGGAUGCCGCCCUCUACUACCUCGCCCGCAUGCUUCAAUCGGGCGAGGAUCCCCUCUUCGUCGCCCGUCGCAUGGUCGUCAUCGCCUCGGAGGACGUCGGUCUCGCCGACAACACCCUCCUCCCCCUCGCCACCGCCGCCUACACGGCCACCCAGCAGAUUGGCAUGCCCGAAGCCCGCAUCCCCCUCGCCCACUGCGCCGUCGCCCUCUGCCUCGCGCCCAAAAGCACGCGCGCCUACCGCGCCCUCAACAACGCCUACGCCUCCCUCCGCGAACCAGGCGUCGCCAGCCUACCCGUUCCCCUGCACCUACGCAACGCUCCCACCCGUCUCAUGCGCGACCUCGGCUGCGGCGCUCAGUACAAGUACCCCCCCAACUACCGUGAUGGCCAGGUCCGUCAGACAUACCUGCCCGACGCCCUUCUCGGCCGGCACUUCCUCGAGGAUCGCGACUUGGGCACGGAGAUUGAUCCGGAUCUUGUCAUGGAAAACGCGGGCCAAACUGCCUGA